GUGAGGCAAAAUUUCGCCCAGAGGCAAACCGGCGCUUUCUCACCUACGUGAAAGAAGAGCCGGAUGAUGCUAACGGCUACUUCAACCUGGGCAUGCUGGCAAUGGACGCUAACAAGAACGAAGAGGCUGAGCGCUGGAUGCGGGAGGCCAUUCAACUGCAACCCGGCUUCCGCAGCGCUUUGUUUAACUUGGCCCUUCUCUACUCUCAGUCACAACGUGAACUGGAUGCUCUCCCGGUGCUUGAGGAGCUGCUGCAGUACCACCCGGAGCACGUCAAAGGCCUGAUCCUCAAGGGAGACAUCCUCAUGAACCACCGCAAGGAUACACGUGGCGCCAAGGCCUGUUUCGAACGCAUCUUGAACAUGGACCCCAGCAACGUGCAGGCCAAGCAUAACCUCUGUGUGGUGUACUUCGAAGAACGGGAGCUCCAGCGUGCCGAGCGCUGUCUGGUGGAUACUCUUGCCAUGGCCCCGCACGAAGAGUACAUCCGACGGCACCUUGCCAUCGUACGCAACAAAAUGGCCGCCAUGAGCGCUGCGGGCCAGCCGAUUGCACCAACAGAGGAUGGUAGUAAAUUGGACAAGCAGCAAGAGCAACAACAACAGGACAAAGAGGAGGAGGAAGCACGGGGUGUUGCCUCAGGAGCAGUGGAGGGGGCCAGGAAAGAGAAGAAUUUGAGGAAAUCCUCCCCCAAAGAAAGCAUCAGCAGCCAGGGCCACGGCAAAUCAAAGAAGCUGGAUGACAAGCGGACUAAGAGCAAAUCCACAAAAGAGAUUAAAGAUAUCGAAAAGAAAAGGGCAGCUGCCUUGAAGAGACUGGAGGAGAUUGAACGCAUAUUAAGCAGCGAUUAACCUUGUUUAUCAACCACCACACUAUUUUUUAUAUAUAACUAUUUAAAGUGCAAGAACUAGACUCUUCUGUUUUUUUUUGAGACCUUGAUUAUGCAUGUUUCGUGGCGCUUUUGUUUGAUUGUUUUGUGUCUUUUAUAUAUUGUGUGGUAUACCUCCUUUUCCCACAGCUUUAAUUAUGUAAAGCUGUUUGGCUGAAAAGGGAAACCAGGUGUGCACUCACAACAUGCGCUGAAAAAGCACAAAAUUAGGUACCGUUUUAAAAGAAUCCCUACUAAAAAAAUCAUUUAUUACUAUAUUGUUUAUUUAUGAAUGUCUAUAUUUGAGUCACUGGAUUAAUUUUUGUCACUUUUUUGUUUUAAUUUACCAAACCACUGGCAAGUAUUACUCAUAAUCACAAAUAAAGUAUUGGUAAUAUCAGUCAGCCCAUUUUAUAGCAGGGCCUCUGGGUGGUCCGUCACAUGGCUGUUGUAAUUUAGCUCAGCAGACCCCUCUCCCUCUUUGCAUGACAUCACCGCACGUCCUCCAGUUCACUGCUGCUGUUUAUUCAUGUGUCAUUAUUGCUGUUGUUUUGUUUUGUUUUUUUAGUUUUGACACCAAAUGGUUAAUUAUACCAUUUAUAUCCUCUGUUAAUUAUAUCCUCUGACAUAAUCUCAUUCUGAAUUAGGUCACCUCCCUUCUCCAACCCUCUUUUUGCAGGCUUCUAGGAUUUAUCUGUAUGGCUCGCACACUGUUUGGGCUCUCGCUGAUUUCACAGAUUGGUCAUGCAGAGGCAAACUUUUUUUCUUUGGAGUUUUUCUUUUCUUUUUAAGGUUUUUGUGGCUUUUGACUGUUUUUUAGUUUCCCCAUAAAGAUCUUUCCGUAAAAUUAUAAUCAGACUAUAAUCGGGAAAAAAACGUAAAGGAAUAAUUCACCCAAAACUAAACAUCUGUCAUCAUUUACUAACCCUCGUGUCAUUCAAAACCUGUAUGACUGACUUCUUCUGUGGAACAUAAGACAUUUUUUAUUCCCAUGUACUGUUAUACAUGAUGCAAAAGUGUCGUAUGACUUCUGUGCUGCAUGAUAGCUUUGUUCAACAAACAGAAUCUAAUUUUAGUUGGUCGAGCUAGUUCUUUGAAUGAUUCGUUAUUUAAAUCAGCAAUCCAGUUGCAGCACUUAACAGCUCGCUGGAGAGGCAGAUUUUCUAUGAAUUACUUUAAUUUUGACGUUUUCUCAUGCAAAGUUGCCAGAUGGCAUCAAAAGACGACUACAAUUUACAAUGUUGCUUUUUUAAACUCUAGUGUACAUUCAUUACAAUUGCUUUGACAGGAAUGAACAGAACAGUUCUUAAAAUGUCUUUUAUGUGUGUUUGAAGCGACAUGGGGGUGAGUAAAUGAUGACAGAAUUGUCAUUUUUGGGUGAACUGGCCAUUUAAUAUGGUGAACAUCACGGCGUAGACCAUAUUUUUUCUUUUUUUUUUAGCUUUUCUAUUUGGAAAGAAUCAAUCAUUCAUUUUCUAAGCCAAGAUUACAUGCCAGUGCGUUACUUCAGUAUUCUAAUGUGCUGCAGAUGAACUUCAAAUAUUCAUGUUGCGCUUGGAGUCGAGUUGAGCAUAUUGUUUCCUGUGAAGUUGAAACAACCAUGUGCUCUCGCUGGAAUGCUGUCGCCGUUUUACGGUUUACUUUGAAGGCAAGCCCUGAAAUAUCUCCUCUGACCUUUCUGAAGAUUUUAACAGAAAAAAAAGGUACUCGAGAACUCACUGAUCCUCAAAGCCUGAGUCCUCAAAGCCUGUGAGCGUGCAUUUCCAUAUAUUCUACAACAAUAGCGAUUUUAACACUAAUGUGGAGCACAUAUGAUGUGUUAUUUUGUAAUAAAGCCACUUUAAGUAGCAAAACUGAUUAAGUAGCGGACUCAUAUAGUUUACAGUGCUAUCGGCUGUUUUGCCAAUUGAGAUGUUCACUCACAAAACUUGAGCAAGAGACUUGAAUUGCUACACUUUUGCAAUAUCUGUGCAUCUGAAUCCUUUUUUUUUUUUUUUACAUUUUAUUGUCAGUUUGAUAGUCUGUAAGGACAGAUUUACAUGGCUGUAUCAUAUUAAUCCUCAAAUAUGUAGUGUUGGAAGUUCAUUUCCCACUAAAUCAUCUCACUCAACUCUAAUUCAGCUGUUCGUGAUGUCAUAUUUCAAGUUUCCCUCAGCUCAGCUUUAAUCUUAAUUAUGUUUUAGGACUCUUUCCGCUCAUGUUUACUCGUACUGUGCUUUCACCCCAUAUCCAAUUUGUUACAUCUUGAUUUAUGGUAUUUACCUUUUUAUUUGGACUAAUGUUUUGACUUAUGAGUGGUGGAGGGACCUUCGGUUUUCCAAUAAAAAUUACUUGCAUCA